AUUACAUUAUAUGAUUAUAAGCACUAUAAACACACACACACACGUGUGAUAGAAAUGUGUCGAAGGAUAUGAAUUCUAUUGAGACACUGAUGCAUUGUGAGUGCAGUGUAUGAGGAAGAACAGGUUCCAGCCCAUCGAGAUGAUUCAGUCUUGCUCGACUCGCGUUUAAAAAAGUGCCGUUCAAAAGAACCGAUUCCUUUGGUGAAUCGCCUGUCAGUACCCGAGCAACUCACGCACCGCUGCGCAGCAGCCGCACUUGAUCAGCCCUGUUUGUGUCUCUGUCUCUGCAGUCUGGACGGCGGAGGACACACCGCUGGAAAACAUCCCCAGCAUGGAGCUGAUUGAUAAGUGGUUGUGGAGGGAGGAGUACUGGCUUCCCCCUGGAAUUAGCUGGAAGGAUUUGGAGCAGGUGGAGGGUUCUCCACUUCCCUGGGACCUGCUCAUCUCGCUGCCCCUAGCACUGGGCUACAUUGGCCUGCGAAAGGUUUUUGAGAGGAGGAUAGCUGUUCCUCUGAGCAGACGGCUAGGGGUGAAAGACAAGGUCCGCUUAUCAGCCUCACAUGCCCCAAGCCUGGAGGCCUUUUACACAAAACACUGCAGACAACCUGCACCGAAUGAGCUCAGUGGUCUGAUGAAGCAGAGUGGCCUAACCCAGAAACAAGUCGAGAUCUGGUUCCGCCACCGUCGAAAUCAGGACAGGCCCAGUAACACCAAGAAGUUCUGUGAGGCAAGCUGGAGGUUUGUCUUCUACUUAAUAUCGUUCACUGGUGGACUCGCAUCGCUAAUCAAUACACCUUGGUUUUGGGAGCCAAAGGAGUGCUGGAAGGGAUAUCCCCAACAACGUGUGGAGAAUGUGCAUUACUGGUAUUACAUGCUGGAGCUGGGCUUCUACUGGUCCCUGCUGCUCUGUGUCUCUGUGGACGUCAAGAGAAAAGAUUUCAAAGAACAGAUUAUACACCACAUCGCUACCAUUUUCCUGCUUGGGUUCUCCUACUGCUCCAACUACAUCCGCAUUGGCACUCUGGUCAUGCUCGUCCAUGACUCCUCUGACUUCCUGCUAGAGUCGGCAAAAAUGUUCAAUUAUGCAGGCUGGAAAAAAACCUGCGACUCACUUUUUGUGGUGUUUGCUGUGGUGUUCCUGAUCACACGCCUGGUCGUGUUUCCAAGCAAGAUUAUAUACACGACUCUGAUCUCAUCGAUGGAGAUCUUCCAGCCGUUUGUGGGAUACUAUUUCUUCAACUCUUUGCUGCUAGUGCUGCAGUUCCUGCACAUCUUCUGGGCCUGGCUCAUACUGCGCAUGAUCUAUAAGUUCCUCUUUCUGGGCAAGUUGGAUAAGGACGAACGCAGCGAUGAUGAAAGUGAGGCAGGAGAGGAGGAGGAAGAUGAAGAAGCAGAUCAAGCCUCAUGGAGGAAGAGAAAAGUGGUCCUCGAUUCCAAACUGGCCAUGAUGACGUCAAGCUGUGUUUUAAACAACUUGGCUAAUCAGCGAGUUAAUGUAAGCAGCAGAACACCCAAAGCGAGAUAGCACAUUUUAGCCAGAGAGAGCGUCGGAGAGGUUACUCUUACUGUUGCGUUCACUACUGAUUUUUAAAAUAAGACACUGGUAAUUCGGCAGGAUGCAACAUUUUGGAUGUUGUAGCCAUGAAACAUUGCUACUGACUGCCAUGUUGUGUAUAUGCUCCAAUGUCACAGCAGUUCAUCACAACUCUGGCUCUAAUGCAAGUCUCACACACUAAAAACUAUGGGCUGGUCCUUCAUGCUACUGGAUGUUUCAGUGUUUUCCUACUUUUAUUAGACAGAUUUUAAGUAGCUACUAAACUAAAAUAAAAAUGUGUUUUUGGAAAAACACUAGUACAGCAGGAAUAAAUUGAGAAUUGUGAAACACUGUACUAAAUGAUAAACACAAAAUAUGCACAAAUAUGUAGAUUGGUUUUCUUUAACAAUAACCAUUAAUCUGAAAAUAAAGAUUACAGUAUGAGAGCGUUCCUGAAAAGUCACUUAUUUGUACAUAUGCCCUUUCUAUGUAUUUCAUUUGUAAUGUAUUAUUAAAUGAGUUGAAGAGU